AUGGAUGGAAUAAUUAAUAAUUGGUUUUCAUCAGCAGAUAUUAUAGAUAUGUCGGAAACAGUUUCAGUCGAUUUGAGACAAUUAGAUAUAAACAUAUUACCAGUUAUAACUUUUAUUCAAGCUUGUCAAGCGUUUACCAAAUUUAUGCCAAUUAACAUUUGUAAAUGUAGAGGGUUAUGUAAUACAAAAAGAUGUCCACGUAAAAGACAAUCUUUACUUUGUUGCACCAAGUGUCAUCGUGUUCGACCAAACUUUGAAUCUGGAAAAUUAGAUCGAAAUUUAAUGGCACGAUGGAGACGAACUCUACGUACACCUGAAUCAAUUAAUGAACAUGUUAUUGUUUUUGAACAAGAUCUAUGUCAAUUGGUCGAAAAAUUAAAAGAAUUUGUUUAUCUUGAUAUUUAUGGUAAUAUUGAUUAUGAUAGAAGUUGA